GAUGAAUCAACGAAUGUGGUAAAAUUGUGCGCGCGAAGUAAAAAUAAAUCAUGAAAUAGAACGCAAAUGAUCCAAAAGUCGCAGCGAAAAUUGCAUAGUGCAGAUACGGAUUAUUAGUCAUAGGGGUUCGCCGGGCACAUCGAUAUGCUUUGCGUCGUGAAGUGCAUCCGGAAUGAGCGUGUACCACGAUGAAAUCGAAAUCGAGGAUUUCGAAUACGACGAGGAAGAGGAGAUGUACUAUUAUCCCUGCCCGUGCGGCGAUCGGUUCCAGGUCAGCCGCGAGGAACUAAUGGCUGGCGAGGAAGUUGCUACUUGCCCCAGUUGUUCCCUGGUAGUGAAGGUGAUUUACGACCCGGAAGCAUUCGCCGCCGAACAGGACGAAGCCGAAACGAACAAGGCCAGUGGAACGUCCGGCGAACAGUUGGAGAAAAACUGAAGCACACAACGCAGUAGCGGUUUCUUUUGUAAAUUUUUAAUAAAUGUAUUUAGCACUUCAAG